AUGAACGAUGGUGACGUCGAAGAUAUCAAUGCAAGUCUCACGUCAUUGACGCCGACUCCUUUUAUUAGUCUCGUUUUCCUAACUGACUCAAUGUUAUAUAUUUACCUCUACUCGGAUAAGUGGCUGACGGCGUACGUGCAGAAGGAUGGAAUCAUGUUUUUCGAUUAUAAGAAGGUGAUGGGGAAGGAUGAGGAAAGGAGGAAGAUGGAUUGUGAUGAGAAUCUGGAGAAGAAUAUGGAGGAGGAGAUGGAUGAAGAAUCUUCAGAUUCCCGUUGGGAUCCGUAA